AACAGUUUCGAUUUCAAGAGAUUCUAGGCAGCUUUCGAUCAUCACCAUGAAAGUAUUCCUUGUUUUCGCCGCCUUUGCUGCUCUUUCCUGCGCAGCUGCUGUGGAGCUAACCGAGGCCCAGAUCACCGAGGUGAGACAAAGGGCCAAGUCCUGUGCCGAACAGGAAAGAAUCACCAAGGAGCAGGCCAUUGCCCUGCGAGCCGGCAACUUUGCGGACACCGAUCCCAAGGUGAAGUGCUUCGCCAAUUGUUUCCUGGAGCAGAGUGGUUUGGUGGCCAAUGGUCAGAUCAAGCCCAAUGAAGUUCUGGCCAAACUGGGUCCCAUCGCCGGCGAAGCCAAGGUCCAUGAGGUACAGGCCAAGUGUGACUCCAUCCAGGGUGCCGACAAAUGCGAUACCAGCUACCAGCUUUACAAGUGCUACUACGAGAACCGCGCUGAGAUCUAAGCCAAUUUGUUUAACAUAAACCUGGUAAUAAAAAAAUAUUAUUUUAUACUAAGCUGCAAAAGAAA